AUGAAUCUAGCUGGAAGAGAGUUCAUCGUAAAUAAGUUUGAAGAGAAAUUUGGUAAGAGAUGGAUAUGGGACAGGUUUAAGAACAAGGUUGAUAUUAGUAGAAAAGCAUAUGUCAAGUUCAAGAAGCUUACCCACAAUAGAACCGGGCUUGUCUAUGAUGCUUUGGGAAGGCUGGAGAUGCCGGAUGCUUGGUGGGAUCAACGCAUUGCGAGGACAUUUCAAGAUCUGUGUAAAAUGUUAGCAACGAGAUAUGGGUUACAAGAGACGCAAAAUGUCUAUAUUGAAGAAGCGGUUGCAAUGUUCCUUGAAGUGGUGGGUCAAGAUAAGACAGUACGGGUUAUUGCACAAAGAUAUCAGCGUUCGUUGGAUACAGUCAAAAGGAAACUUGGUGAGGUUCUGAGUGCUCUCUUGAAAUUUGCUGCAGAUGCACUAAAACUAGAAGAUGGUGAGUUCGCAAGAGUAUGUCCUGCUUUGAGAAAUGAUGAUCGAUACUGGCCAUUUUUUAAAGACUGUAUUGGAGCAUUGGAUGGAACUCAUAUCUCAGUCCGUCCUCCUAAGCGAAAUGCAGAAGCAUACAGGGGCAGAAAACAGGAGCCAACCAUGAAUGUCCUUGCUAUAUGUAACUUUGAUAUGAAGUUCAUAUAUGCUUAUGUGGGUGUGCCGGGUAGAGCUCAUGACACAAAGGUAUUAACUUAUUGUGCAAGGAAUGAGCCUUUUUUUCCACAUCCGCCAAAUGGAAAGUAUUAUUUGGUUGAUGCUGGAUAUCCCACAAGAACAGGGUAUCUUGGUCCGUAUCGUAGAGUUCGAUAUCAUCUCGAUCAGUUCAACAGAGGAGGACCACCAACGAACACUCGAGAGGUGUUCAACCGGAGACAUUCAAGCUUGCGAUCAGUGAUUGAGCGGACAUUUGGAGUGUGGAAAGCAAAAUGGAGAAUUCUUGACCGUAGGCAUCCAAAAUAUGGUUUGAUCAAAUGGAUAAAGCUAGUGACGGCAACGAUGGCUCUACACAACUUCAUACGUGAUUUACAUCGAGAAGAUAAUGAUUUUGUGAAUUGGUAG